GUGUCUGCUGCGCCUAUGCGCAUUUCCACGUGCUUUUACUUUGAAUUGGUCUGUUGGUGUCGACGUUGGCUUGUUGUCGUCGUCAUAGGCAACGAAGCUUCAGACAACUUUCACCGCUGCUGUGACAGCACCUUUCUCAGUCCCUUUUUAAAAAGACAUUUGCAGCGUUCUCCUCAAAAUAAUGGUUUUUAUCAAACAAAAUGUAAUGAAUAAGAACAUUCGUUCAGAAAAGCGAUGCUCGUGAUGCAACAGGAAGACGCAAAAGGUUAACAGCUUUGUUUGCUGUGCCUUUGUUGGCGAAUUGAGGAGAUCAGCAACUUCCCUCAGGACCGUUCUCAUCAAAGUGUAUAAGAAGAAUGUCAUCUUGGUAGUCCUGUCUUUGUACUCUUGAUUGCUGAGCCUUUGUGUUCACUGGAAGACUUGAACAAUGGAGUCGUGGGAUGCCUGUUUUUGCCUGGUGGUUGAGAAUAGUGCUCGGGAAAAAGAGUGGACUCGUGCGUUGACGGUGGCAGUGUUGAAGCCGCUUCGCAAACUGUUCACCGCUCUUACAUGGGACAUGGUCCAGGCCAAGAUUCAUGAAGUUGGAAACGCCAAGUGUAAGAAGACGGAUAAUUUGCCUCCCCAUGUUGAGCUGAUGAAGACUGCAAUCGGCCUCUUGGAUUCAGGAGAAGAGAUCCCGUUAGACAGCCUGGCCCAAAUAAUCAAGUAUCUGCUCCACCAGAUCCAAAUUGAUGACAUACAUGCCAAACAAGCUGAAGAGAAGGCGAAAGCAGCGCCUCCUCCCGCACCAAAAGACAAGGGGACCAAAGGCGGCAAGGAUAAAAAGGGAAAGAAUCCCCCGUCUACUGCCAGUGAGAAAAAAACCAAGCUGAAGCGCAGAGAUGAACCUGACCCUCCCAAUUACAUAGGCGAUGAGCCAGAUGACGGCCCUCAGCGGUACAUCCUGCUCAUGGGCUUCUAUCGGCCCGGCCUGACAUGGGAGCUACAUCGCCAGGGUGUACAUGUAUCUAAUGUCAUCAGACUGAGUUCACAAGAACGAGAAGAAUCUCUCGAAGUGCUUGAAUCCGAAAGACAACUUGAGAAACCAACGCCAGUAGAGAUUCCAGAAGUAAAAGAGCUGACCAUGAAACUGGAUUUCUUCUGGUCUGGAUUCACGUCUGCGAUGGACAGCCAUGCGGCGGACUCUGGACUCCAGGAAGUGGUACAGCUUGACUUCACCUUUACUGGUGGGUGUCUGAAGGACUACCCAGACCAGUUGGAGUUCGGAACUCAAAUCUUUGCGGGAGUGGCCAACCUGAUCUACGACUCUCUGGACUGGCGUCGGCAGCACCAAUAUUACCUGGACAACCUGAACCUCAUUAACAUCCCCACUAUAACGGAGAAGGCUGCAGAGGCUGCUGCAGAACCAGAUCCCACUCAUGUGCCUCCAGAGGUGGACAUGCGCUACUACAACAGCCUGCUCGACCUGCUUCCUCCUGAAGUCUGCACUGUUCCGCUCUUGUUACAUUGCAUGCUGGAGCAGGUUGUUCUUUCAUCAGAACCGAGCGCCAUCUCCUCUCAGGUGAAUGAAAACAAGGAUGCAGACCUCCCACCUGGCUCGUGGUUGGAUGAGUACCAGUUUAGUCUAUACAUGAACAACUUCCUGCCGCUGCUGAAGACAGAAGACGAGAAGAGUCGGCUGCUAACCAGACUGCUGGCCAUGGUGGAGAAGCAGGAAGAUAAACAGAAGCUGCAAGAAAGGUAUGGAGAGCACAAACUUGAGAAAGUGGCUGACCCUCCUCUGGUCAUCAGACAUCAUGAUGAAAGAACGCUCAGACUAAAAGACGCACGUGUUAGCCAGUCCUUCAAUCCUGUGGAAGUGGAAUCAUUUAUGAUGAGGCUCACGCCAGUAUGGGAAUUAAUAUUGAGUGGAGCUGAACACAUGAAAACCACCCCCUGCUGGACAACAAUAAAAAAGCAGCUCUUCCACUUCUGCACUGAUGAAAGGAUUUCCUGGUCAGAGGUGGAGCGACUCUUCCAGCAGAGUGUGUUCGAGUGUAUGACCCUGAGCCGUCUGGGUCAGGGGGGUCUACAGUGUGAAGCUGGAGUACCAGAUGAACCAACAAUUUUACCAUGGGAUGACCCAAUAGCAUUUGCUCAACUUCUACUGCAGAUUGACAGUGCAGGUAGCAGCUGCCCUGAUGGCGAUUCUGAUUCUGCAAAGACAAGAACAGGUGUUUCAGCUCAACUAGACUUGUCAGAUAUCCAGAAAUGCCGGCGAAGAGAUUUGAGUGACUGGAACUUUAUGGAACACCAUGAAACUGAUGUGUUCCCUCAGGUCCUGCAGGUAGUGGCGGAUGAAUAUCGCUGCAUGGACACUUUCAGAGGACGGCAUAAUAAUGUCCUCUACGUCUUCUGCCAUAAUCCUGUCAAUCGACAGCGUGAGUGUGAGAAAUGUUGGGAUGCAGCUCUUCACUCAGACGUCAGGUUCAGGAAGUACUUAAAGUAUGUGGCGGAUUCCAUAUCAGAGUGGACUCAGGAAGAAGAGCGAAAACUGGAAGAGUUGCAGUUCAAGAAACUCUGCCCCUCCCCUGAACUUGAUAAUGAUGCUGCUGAGGAAGAGGAUGCUCCAGAGCCAGUCAUCCGAAAAGAGUCUCUUAAGGCUUGGAAGAUAGAGCAAGAGCGACUGAAAGAGGAAGAGGCCCUGAAGAAAGCCAAGAAAGAAAAAGGUGGAGGUGGAAAGGGCAAAGUGGAGGAGAAGAAGGUUGAUGUCAAGAAACCAGCACCAGCUGGCAAGAAGCAAAAAGAGGAGCCGACUACACAAACAGAGCCUCAAAACGUGGAUUCAGAAAAUACCGAGCAAGAAAGAGAGAGCUCCAUAGAUGACUCCUUUACUGGAUUUACUGCAUACGCAAUGGAAGGAAGGUUGAUCCAUGCGUCCGGUCGUGUGCGGGAGCUUUUUCCAUCUGAUGGCGGCCACAUCACUGUUGAGACUAUAAACUUUGUGGAAGGUUCUAGAAUGGUGAAAGUAGCCGUGCACAAAGACAGACAUCACUUCUUCAGUCACAUCCAUUAUGAGGAUACAUUUGAAACCACUGAGACGAAUCCAGAUGAAAACACAGACAAGAAAAACGACAGUGAGGUGCUGAGGCAAGUAACGGUGAAAAAGGGGUGCUUUUCCGCGCAACUUAGCAAUGGAAUACACGUUGCUUACAAGUCUCAAGUCGUGAAGGAGGAGCAAAAAGAGGAUGAGCCUGAGUCUGAAGGAGAGCCACGGGAGACCCCUGUUCCUCCACCCACAUCACUUUCUGACCACCCACAGAAAGUAGCGGAGCAGGAAGAAUCUUGUUCUCAGUCACCUGCAAGCCAGCAGUCGGAAGAGUGUGAGGGCCGUGCAGAACGGCCUUCAAGUCCCUUCAACAGUCUCUGUCUGUCUCUUCCUAAUGGACUCCUACUGCAGUUCCUGCGCGAGGACACACAAGAGCAAGGUUUGCUGGUGAGACAGAGUUUUCCUGUCCAUGAAAGUAGCCAGCUUCAUGAUCCAGCUUUCUCCGAAGAAUGCUCCCGCAUUAUUAACAGUCAAGGCGCGGUGCACCGAGUCCUCAAGAAUGGAACUGCUCAGAUUCUGUUUGCUGACAGCUCUGUCAGUUCAAGUCAAGAAACUGCUCCUGACUGUGCGAUGGACUUUGCUGUUGAAGUGGCUAUACCUCAGGACCUCAACGACCCCAACAAUGAUAAUGGCUCAGUUCAGGACGAGGCUCUUCAGGGUGGUUGGUGGUUGACCACUACUCCCUCUGGUGGUCAAUUCUGGACGACUGGAAACACAUGGAAGCCUUUUGAGACUACCCCGAUUCAGGCCUGCAAGGCUACUGAUCCCAUUACUUUUGAGGUGAUGGUCUGUCGAGAGGAUCUAGUUCUUUCAGUCCAGAACCCUGAUGGAUCAAAACGAAUUGUUGAACAUGCAGAUGGAACCAGAAUCACAACCAUAUUUGAAGACAGAGAUCUAAAUGGCCCUUUCUACUCAGAGCAACCAAGAACUCUUAGGAGUCGAAUAAUGUGCAACGGCUCACGGGAAGAGAGAGAAGCUGUGACAGAGAGUUGGAGGAGAUCUUUUGAUCAACACCUGAGUGAUGCUGUUUUCAACACAGACUCUUUUGGAGGUUGUGUUAAGGAGGGUGAGCAGAGUGUUGAGCAAGGAGGGGAGAGUGUGUUGGUCAAAGAACGGGUGGUGGUGGUCGAGAAGGAGGGCUGCGUCACGGUAGUGAUGUACCCAGAGAAAAAUGCGGUGCACAUCUUUACGGCGGAUGGAACUGUCGUCAUAGCAGACAACACCGGAUACUACCAGGUGUUUCCAUCAAGUGGUGGUUUUCUGCAAAUCCACUGUGAUGGGGCAUGUGUGUACUCAUCUGAACAGCAAGAAAACCCCAGUCCACAUCGUGAUCCUCUCAAUCCCAAACCAGGAAGUUACAUCAUGACUCACUCAGAAAAGGUGACCUGUGAUAUCACAGACCCUGAGGGAAACCGCUUUCAGGUGAUGGAGGAUGGUGAGAUAUCGGUGCUCAACAUCAGCACACUAGAUGCAUCUGAACCUGCAGAACUAGACAUAGAUCCCAAAGAGAGUUCUCUCAGACUGUUCAUGGUCUUUGAGGAUGGCUCUGCUACUGAACUGCUCAGUUCUCUGACGGUGGAGCGGCUGUUGUGUGAGGCGUACUCGGACCAGACUGUGGCACUGCUGAAGGAGCCUCUCACUGAAAGACUAGAUGAACUAGCGAUCACCAUUCUUAAGCCAAGCCACCUGAGUGUGUGGUCAAAAUGGUUGCUACGGAAACAAGUUCAGGAAAUAACUCCUCCGAACUUGUUGAAUCGCAACUGGAAGGAUUUCCCCAGAAUUGAGAUGAAAACUCCAGGUGCUGUGUUCGGGACAGACGUGGGGUGCAGUCUGAAUAUAAAGGAAAGACCUGCUCGACCUACGUCUCUACCAACUCGAUCUUGCCCAAAGCUUUUAGAGAUCAGAGAGGUGCUUCAGUACCUACCGUUUACUGCCUCAUUCAGGGAUAUUAUCGACACACGGCUUAAGGACUACAUCCAGAGUUUGAUGGACCGGGAGCUGAGAUCAGUAGCAUCAAAAGUCUUAGAUCCUCGAUCAAAGGAGGAAACAAUUCUCGCUGGAGACCUACAGCGUCUCAUCACGCCUUUCCUGGACGACGAUGAAGAUGAGGACGAGGAUGGCACAUUCGAAAAGAGAAGUUCAGUGGAAAUACAGAAUCUGUACAGAGAGGCAGUGAUUGUUCCAGAGGAGCAGCUGGAUGACUCCCAGUCUUCUCAGUCAGCAACUGGUGUCAGUUUCAUAUCUGCCAAGGACUCUAAAUGGGCUAGAAGGCUCGCUCAUUACAGGAGGGAGUUGAAUGAUGGCAGAAACUGUAGAGAUGCUGUGAAUGCCCGCCACGUUGUUCCCUAUUUUCAUCCGGAGAAUUUUCCUCUUUACAAGAACCUGUUGGUGCGACGCUCCACAAAGACCUCUCAUUCCACUAAGACAGAGGACACAGAGAAGAAGCCUGCACAACCUCUGAAGCCGAUAUUGCUACAAACUACCAGUGGUCCCACCGACAGAAGAAUCUCCAGCAGUGAAUACCAGGCCACAGGUGGAUACAAUCUCUCAUCAAGGCCCCAAAAGUCGCUUGAAGUGGACGUUAUUGGAAAACCCAGACGGAGCAAAGUCAGACUCCCAGUGUCAGUCCUCAGUGCUAAACCUCGCAGUGAGCCAAAUACCCAAUUUCUGACAGUAGAGGAGCCGACGAGGCGACGCUCCCGCAUGAUUUCCUUGCUUGAUCCAACUUCUGUGUUAAGAGGCUUCCAGCUCCGCCCUUCCACAGUUAGCUUUGGGACCCUGGAGGAGGGGGCCACAGCCAACAUCGUGGUGCUCAUGAAGAACGUGGGUGUGGACACCUGCAGAUUCUACAUCAAGCAGCCCCCUCCUUCCACAGGACUACGGAUCAUUUACACCCCCGGACCUGUGCCGGCAGGUCUGCAUGUUGAACUCAAGGUCCAGUUGUUCUCCAUGAAAGCCGUUGGAGGUGAUCUAAAGCCUGAAAAGAAAAUCUGCCACGACGUCACCAUCGUCACAGAGUCAGACGUCCUCUACCUGCCUGUCACUGCCACUGUUAUUCCUCAGGUAUUAUUAAGUGAUCUCUCCAAGGGAAACCCCAGGCUUUUAAAUCUAACAUCUGACCUUCCCGUCUGAGUGGCCCCCAACCCCGACUGCAGCAAGACUGAAUGAUAUUUUGCCCUUUGUUGUCUGGGUUAGUGCCACAUCAUCAGGCUGUUUUUAAGUUAUUGCUGUUUUGAUUUUUAUGCCACUGAAAUCUUGGAUGGGAGAACCUCCAUAAGGCGCAUAUAAGAUCGAGUAACUCUGUGAUGUCCCAGCUUUAGGAAAUGCAUACUGUACGUGGAAACUUUCCCAGUGCUGGAGCAGGUACACAAUGUCUCAGGAUUGGCAAUUGCAUGUGUUGAAGCUCCUGUAUGAAUGCAGCCAGAAUGGCUGACCUGUGGCUUGCACACACACACACACACACACGCUUGGGCCGCUCACUUGCUUUCCCCAGCCUCUCACCCCUAACCUAACCAUCCAAAACAAAAGGCUGAACUUAACCAGCAAUCUGAACCAAACUUAAACCUAAUCAUAAUGACCUACUUAUUUCGACUGGUUUGUCAUGAGUAAGGAUGGACCAAUUGCUCACUCUCUCUCUCUCUCGCUCUCUUAAUGGUUGACAAUAUUCAGGAGCUAUUCCUGAAAGGUGAUUAACCUUGGUUGUUCACUUGCCUGGAGCAGUGAGAUAAGCAGUGAGCCAUGAGCAAUAAAGUUCUCCAUCUAAUACUUGUACAUAUUCUUGUGUAAAAACAAAUCAUUUGCAGUAUGUUUAUGGACAAAGCUAUAGCAUUUAGAAGUAUUUGAAUGAGAAAAAGAAAGAGUCCUACUUACUUUGGAGAAAUCAAAUCCAAUUUUGACGUGGUAUUUUUGGCAUAAAGUAACUGGUGGCAACAGUUGCUGUGCACUGAUAGGAAUCUUUUAAAUAAUGUAAACACAUGCUGAACAAGCCACUCAAGAGGACUGUUGUCAUGUCCCAAAACCCAGAAGGUCUAGUUAUUUGGUCUCAGUGAGUCCAGCUGUAAAGGUCUUUGUUUGCUGGCUUCAGGAGCUAGGUAUUAUACGGAAUUAGAAUUACAAUUACACACAUCAUAAAGUGCUCGGUGCCAUGGAAAGAACCAUCUUAGUGCCAUUGCUCCAAUAGAUUUGAAAAUAGGCUCAACAAAUAUAAAAAAAACGGAUCUGCUGUUCCUGACUGUCAACUCCAGACAGGGAGCACUACUGGAUCUUUUGUACUUCCAACAACGUGCUGAUCAAUCAUGGUCGGCUUCCCCUCAGCAGCUCCUUGCCAAGGGAAUACGACAUGGAAAAAUGUGCAUUGGUGUGUUCUCAAAGAUCCUCCACCAUCUCAAGAACAACACGUCCUGUGCAUUUGCAGGUUUACAUCUAAAGCCACUUGGCUUAUAUUGCUUGAUUGUAUUUCAACCAUUGAACCAAAUGUGAUGCAAAACAUUGACCUGCGAACAAUAUGGCAAUAAAUUAAACUGCUGUU